AUGCCCGAGUCGGUGCUUUCAUCCACUCUCCACAUGGCUCACGGCGUCCUUCACCAUCUUCACAGGCGAAAUGAGCAGCAGUGUUGUAUCUGGGCACUACUUACAUGGAACUUGGCAGUAAAGAGUCAGGUUAAGUGGGGAGCCAACCUACGGAUGAGGAUGUUAGGUUUGCUGAGCGCGGGCUCGAACGUGUUCGCAAUGAUUUGGCCGAACGGAGAAAGGCAAUUGAGAGACUGGCGGCAUCACAAGAACGCAUAUUCUCGAGUUAGUUCGGUGCACAAACUACUUGCGCUGUGUGAUUAUAAGCCCAAGUCAGAUGCCAGCUGGAUCUCUCGAGUGAUGCCAACGUUUGGUGGAAACAGUGAACUUGGUGCAGCGAGUCAAGAAAUGAAUGGGCCUAUUGACGCUUGA